GACCGCCGGGCCGCCAGGGGCGCCGCAGCGCGCGGCGCGGGGUGAGAGGUCGGGACGAUGGCGGCGGCCUUGGGCGAGGAGGCGCCGGACAACGAGGACUACUACGGGCUGCUGAACGUGCGCCGUGAGGCCUCCCAGGAGGAGCUGAAGGCGGCGUACCGCCGGCUGUGCAUGCUCUACCACCCCGACAAGCACCGCGACCCCGAGCUCAAAAGCCAGGCUGAGCGUCUCUUCAACCUUGUCCACCAAGCCUAUGAAGUGCUUAGUGAUCCACAGACCAGAGCCAUCUAUGACAUAUAUGGGAGGAGAGGACUGGAGAUGGAAGGCUGGGAGGUUGUGGAACGAAAGAGAACUGCAGCUGAAAUCAGGGAAGAAUUUGAGCGUCUGCAGAGAGAGAGGGAAGAGAGGAGACUGCAGCAGAGAACUAAUCCAAAGGGAACAAUUAGUGUGGGAAUAGAUGCCACUGACCUGUUUGAUCGCUAUGACGAGGAGUAUGAAGAUGUGCCUGGGAGCAGCUUUCCCCAGAUCGAGAUAAACAAAAUGCACAUAUCCCAGUCCAUCGAGGCACCCCUGACUUCCACAGAUACAGCAAUACUGUCUGGAAACCUUUCCACCCAGAAUGGGAAUGGAGGGGGAUCAAUUAAUCUUGCACUGAGACGAGUGACAUCUGCCAAGGGAUGGGGAGAGUUGGAGUUUGGAGCUGGAGACCUUCAUGGACCUCUCUUUGGGCUGAAGAUAUUUCGUAAUCUUACACCAAGAUGUUUCAUCACUACAAACUGUGCCCUGCAGUUCUCGUCGCGCGGGGUCCGCCCCGGCCUCACCACGGUCCUGGCCCGAAACCUGGACAAGAACACCAUGGGCUACCUGCAGUGGAGGUGGGGCAUCCAGUCAGCCAUGAACACCAGCAUUGUCCGGGACACCAAAAGCAGCCACCUCACCCUGGCAAUGCAGCUGGGAAUCCCCCAUUCUUUCAUGAUGGUCAGUUACCAGCAUAAGUUUCAGGAUGAGGAUCAAACACGAGUGAAAGGUUCUCUCAAGGUGGGUUUCUUUGGGACCAUAGUGGAGUAUGGAGCAGAGAGGAAGAUCUCCAGACACAGUGUUUUAGGAGCCACUGUCAGCGUUGGUGUUCCUCAAGGAGUGUCCUUGAAAAUCAAGCUGAAUAGGGCCAGCCAGACCUACUUCUUCCCUGUCCAUCUAACAGAUCAGCUGCUUCCCAGCGCCGUGUUCUAUGCCACCGUGGGACCUCUCGUUAUCUACUUUGCCAUGCACAGGCUGGUCAUCAAACCCUACCUCAGGGCACAGAAGGAGAGAGAGCUGGAGAAGCAGCGGGAGAGCACAGCCAGUGACAUCCUACAGAAGAAGCAGGAGGCUGAAGCAGCAGUCCGGUUAAUGCAGGAGUCAGUCCGAAGGAUAAUUGAGGCAGAGGAAGCCAGAAUGGGUCUGAUUGUAGUGAAUGCCUGGUAUGGGAAGUUUGUUAACGACAACAGCAGGAAGAAUGAGAAGGUGAAGGUUAUAGAUGUGACUGUGCCUCUGCAGUGCUUGGUGAAGGAUUCUAAACUCAUCCUUACAGAGGCCUCCAAGGCUGGGCUGCCAGGCUUCUACGACCCCUGUGUGGGUGAGGAGAAGAGUUUGAAAGUGCUUUAUCAGUUCCGAGGAGUUCUGCACCAAGUGAUGUCAGCUGACAAUGAGGCCCUUAGGAUACCAAAGCAAUCUCACAGGAUCGAUGCUGAUGGCUAAUCCAGGAACGUGCGUCUCCCACGGUACCUGGGUCAACAGAAACUGCAAAACCUCCCCCGGACGCUGCGAGUUUGAACAGAGACACUUUUAUUUUUACUGUCUGUAUAGCAGGAGGUGUCCUGCCAGUUCUGUUAGGGACAAAAGGACAGACCCUGCUGCUGCAGGCGGCUCCCAGGCAAUAUCUGAGUUGUGGCUCGGUACCCAAUAAAGCAGCGUGACUCUGAGUGCACAGUGCUUUCUGCCAGGGGCUCAGGGGCCUCCUGCUCCCAGCUGGCCACAGCCCCUUCCUGCACUCACUUCUCUCCUGGCACUCAGCAGGGAUGAAGACCUGUUCUUCUCACUUCUCCAUGUACUUCCUGGGGUAGGUAACACACCUCCUUCCUUCUCAUGAGGGGAAUUUCAGUUCUCUGGCCACCUGCUGGAAGUCCCCUGUACAAAUACUUCUGGAGAGAGGUCAGUGAUUGUUUCAGUCUCAAAUCUGUGUUUGAAAUGCACUUGUUAAGAAAAAUAUGUGCUUAAAUAUGAAUGAAUUUGCCUUUGAAGUAAUAUGGACCUCUUCAGCACCAAUCUGUCCAGCUGCUUAUUUCCAACACUGCUCUUCCAGACAAGGACACGGUGUAUCAUAGUUUUAUUAAUUCUUCUGCCACCCACAACCAUGUAUUGUCAAGGAUUUCCAGAAAAGAGGAAAGCAAGUGAGGGAGAAGGACAGCAAUUAAUUUCAUUUGAUUCUGAUGCUGCAACUAUCUCUUCACAUCUAAUUUAUUUCUAGCAAAAAUAAAUGUAGUUCAUAAAGUAAACCAUACCAAAGUGAGGAGAGAGGCCAAAUGGAUUAAGAGCUGAAAAUGUAACACUCAUCUGCUCUUUCUGAAAAGCAGCAGUUACAGCAUAGAACCAUUGGCAUUAUCUUGCCUAGAAGCCCUGUCAGGGAUUUCCAGCAGGACAGUCCUGGGCUGGUGAUACAGCAGCUGGAAACAGCACCUUGUAGAAUCUGCUACAUGCUGGGUACAUCAGCACAUCUGAGGCUUUUGCAGAGAGACAAGGAAUCGUGGUGGCUGUUCCUUGAUCAUAGUUUUGCUCUGGCCAGGUCCAGACCAGCCUUCAUUGCUCAUGGGUGACAGCAGAGGGGAAAACAUCCAUGUCUUGGCAGUGCAGAGUUGCUUUCGACAACUCCUGCCAUAACUCCUUUCCUGACAUGGAUCUGGCCCCUGUUCUGUGCAGCUGUGGUUCUCUGUGCUCAGGUCACUGCACCAGGAGAAUGAGAUUUCCAAAAGAAAUGCUUUCCCCUGUAAAAAAAGUUCAUAUUAUGAAGGGGUGUUCAUUUGUUUUUAUUAAAACCAAAACUUUUCAGUUGUGACCGGUUCCUGGUGCAAGGCUUUAUUUCACUUAUGGCUAGCGUUCUGUUGAUCUCAAAGUAAAUGUAAAAUGUGCAAUAAAUUAUAUUCAGCUGAAAAGUAGCUCCCAUUCCCUUUGCAUCUGUAGGAAGUUCCUGAGAUGAACCCCUGGAAAGCAAGGGUUUGUAAAUAUAACAGCACUCUCCAUCCCAUCCAGCUUAUUGACCUCUGCUGGGUGGGACUGGGCAGAAAACUAAAUCUCCUCCAGUUCCUUUUUGAUGUCACUGUGUGAGGUGUUAUGGUCAGAAAUGAGGAGCCAGCCUGUAGAGGCUAGGACGUGGCACAGAAGCAUCCCUGAGAGCCAGAUGCUCAGUCAGUCUCCCCAGUCUCUUCCUUGUUUUCUAUCAGUGCCAUGUUUUGCCAAAACUGUAAGAACAGCCCCACUGCAGAACCACAGCCUUCACCACCAUAUUCUUGCUGAGAGCAGCUGCCAUUUUACAGCCACAACUCCCCUGGGACUUCUUUUUAUGAAUAAACUCUCUAUAAUUCAAAAUUACCAACAGAAUUAAAAUAGAAGCUCUAAGCAAGCAGAGCUGAGCUUCCAGCCUAGCUUCCAGCAUGACCUAGUGCCAUUUCCAAAAGGUUGAGCUGCCUUUUCAGUGUGCCAAGGUGUUCAGGCUGCUGCUUUGAUGGCAGCUGGCUGAGCAGCAGUGCCCGUGGGCUUGUGGCACAUCCACGAGCUGCAGGGUGGCACCAAGGCUCCCGCAGCUCUUGGGGGGUUUGGAGUCCUUGGUGCUGCCUGGUGGUGGGGAGGGAUUUCUCUUUCAACAGAGAGUUCAUAGGGGUUUGGUUUGGGUCUGGCCAAGCUCCAGUCCUCACAAGGGGGUGCAGUGCUGCCCCAGGGCUGUUUCUGAGGCUGCAGGGACCUGCUGCCAGCACUGUGCACUCCGACACCAUCGGCAUCCUGGCCUGAGCCCUGUCCCCAGCUCAAUCAUUGCACCCUUCAGCAGCCCCUGGCACAAUCCCAGCAGUGUCCCUGCUGUCUGCAGCCACUCAAGCAGUGCCUCCCUCCCAACCCUCCUCCCUGCCCAGCCCAGGGCUCCAUCACCAUGUCCCACACUCUAGCAAGGAGCAGCUGCUCCUCAGAAAGGUGGGGAUACCUGCCAGCUCUUCCUAUCCCCACCUGAGUGUAUUGUUUUGGGAAGAGCACUUCAAGUGUUAAGUCUUCCUGCUGCCUGGCACAACAGCUCACAAACCAAUAAAUCAUAACAGCAGACUCCUGAGUUUGGAAUAUAACAAACUCAUUGUUCAUUUGUCUCACAUGUAAGAAAAAAA